AUUGAAUACUAAGUAAUUUGGUUUAGAAUUUAAUACCAAAAACAGUGGUAUGAAGUAAAAUGUUUUGUAUGUCGAUUAUAUUUUUAUUCCAAUUGAUUUUGUUUGAAGAAUUCAAACAUAGUUUUGCUGAAGACUUUAAUCUUUUUGGAGAAGCUGGUCAAGCGUAUUCUAUAGAAAUAAGUAUUGGACGCCCUGGUCAAAAGCUAAAUGUAAUAGUGGAUACAGGUAGUGCAACAUUAGCUAUUGCAUCAUAUCUGCGGCCUGAUAGUGAUAAAUAUUUUCAUUUGAAGAAUUCAACAAGCAUUUACGAUAGUGGACAAGAGAUACAAGCUCAAUAUUCACAAGGCACAUGGGUUGGCAAACUGGUGUCAGAUUAUGUUCACUUUCCAUCAAUGCUGAAUGUCCCUGAAGUUAGAUGUGACAUCGCUCUUAUCACAAAGAGUCAUAAAUUCUUUAUGAAUGGUUCAGGAUGGCAGGGCCUCCUUGGUCUGGCGUACUUGCCAGUUGGUGCAUGGGGUGACAAUGUAAUAGUGGGCUCUUGGCUCGACUCUAUGGAUCAUAUGUUAAAUAAGCCAAUGUCUUUUGAAUUAAAACUAUGUAGUGUACAGGGUGUUACUAAUGCCACACAUUAUGGUAAUUUGAAAAUAUUGGAUGACCAAAUGGUUGAUAAACAAAGUUUUAUGUUUCGUACCCCCGUUUUGAGAAAACGAUGGUUUGUGGUUGGAGUUUUAUCAGUUCAAGUGAUGUCAGAUACUGUGUCCUCGGAAGCUCACAAACUAAAUAUUAAAAACAAUGCUACAUAUAAUGUAACUCAGAGUCAAUCAAUUUAUGAGAUAAAUGAUGAGAUAUGCCAAAGACUGAAUGAACAGAAAAGUAUUGUGGACAGCGGAACAACUAAUAUAAGGUUACCCGAUGAAAUGUUUAGACAGGUAGUGAAUGAUCUUAGGAAUGCUGCUCAGACCAGCAAUGUAUUGAUACUUGAUGAGUUUUGGUAUCACGGCGAGGCGGCGUGUUGGCCGGAGCCGCAGCGCUGGUCACUGCCGCGGCUGGCAAUACACUUGCUCGACUUUGACGCGGAAAAUCAAUAUUUUACACUCGAAUUACCUCCACAGAACUACAUGCGCGUAGUGUCCGCUAGGAACAACAGCGGGUCAGGCGGGUCUGUGUCUGAGUUCUGCUACAAGCUGGGCCUGGAGGCAGGAGGCAAGGAGACUGUCCUAGGAUAUACUGCUAUGGAGGGGCUUCAGGUGGUAUUUAAUAGAUCUGCCGGUUGGAUAGGUUGGAAAACAUCAAAUUGUGGUCCAAACGCAACUAUCAGCGGACCUUACAAUACAUCUUCGUCACUUCUCGUGCGAUGUAAACUGAUUGAACCUUUGUCCGAUGCAUCGAUAUCUAUAAAGGCGGCUCAGUGGACUCUUUUUGUCAUCUCUAUGGUGGCUUUGGGCGUUUUGGUGUAUUUGCUAACACCCUGUAUAAAGAUGUUGAUUAUGAAACCGCUGCCAAGAUCUCAACAGAUUUCUUUAUCUCAGGCGGCUUUGGUGGAACAAGAAGGAACGUAAGUCGAAAAUAUAUAAAUUGGGAGACCGGGUGCGGCAGUGCCCCCACCGAUGCGAGAAACGCCCAUCCUUAUCUCUAAGCAAAUAGGGACUAUUUCGACGACUUUA